CAUCGCGCUUGGAUACUAUCACAUCAGUGUUUACAAAAUCUCCGUGCCGUGUUGUUGAAUGUUGUUUACAAUUUCUUUAAAUCACAAUGGAAUUGUGUUUUAAUGAUACAACAGCGUCACAGAAGUUGAGUUUUGAUGAGAUGUACACGGAUUUCGACAGUUGGCUGUCAAAAUUUGAUAGAUGCUUGAAAAAAAGAUAUAAUUUUAAUUAUUACUCACUGCUGUAAGAACUUCAACGAAUAUUUUCCUCAUUAUUUAAAAACCACUACUGUGAUAUUCUGGUGACCAAACCCAUUUAAAAUGUGUAAAAUAACUAUAUAAAGUUGGAAUAUAAUUACGGUUUGUAAUAAUAAUAAUAUUGUUACUAAUAUGGAAUUGAAAGAGUGGAAUUUAAAAGUCCCAUGGGGAAAUAUUGCAUUGUUGUCAUAUGGUAAUACCAGUGGAGAACCAGUAUUGUUUGUUCAUGGUCGCCUAGACAGUGCAGCCACAUUUUUACCUCUACUAAAGUUGAUACCUGCAAAGUAUUAUUGUGUCCUGGUUGAUUUGCCGGGUAAUGGCAAGUCAGAUCCUUUCCCAAAAGGUAUGGCCCUUUCCCGUUUCGUUGGUGUACCCAUCAUAGAUUUGGUUGUACAACAUUUGGGAUGGGAUCAGUUCACUUAUAUUGGCCAUUCUCUUGGCUCUGAACAGGGGCUGUACUACGCUUCAAUAUACCCAAAACGAGUGAAAAAAGCGGUCUAUUUGGAUUCGGGACCGUCCCUCGAAUAUUGCAAUGCGAUAAAUUAUGAAGGUUUUUUCAAGUCAUAUCAGAUUUUUUAUGAUAAUUACCAUAAAUACGAUAGUGAGAGGGAGUAUACGAAAGAGCAGGCGAUGAGGUCCGUUCUCAAUGCGAGGGCUAUCAAUGAGGAGGAAGCGGAGGUGGUACUGUCGAGGUGUCUGGUGGAAACGGGGCCCAAUUUGUAUAGAUUAUCCUGGGAUAGGCGUUACAAAAUCACCCCCGGAUUUAAUUCACUUCCACAACAAUUUUAUAUAGAUUUAUUUUCCCAACAUCGGACGCCGUCCUUAUUUAUUUGUGCUAGCGUCAUGGCAGAUCUGUACUACCAGCAGUCAAACCUAUCUGUCAAAAUAAUGUCCCAUAUGUCAGACAGGAAUAAAAAUGUCAAUGUCAUUUGGGUCGAAGGCGGCCAUGAUGUGCAUUUGACGAAUCCAGAGAGAUUUAUAAACGAAUUGUUGGUGUUUUUAGACACUGAUUUUGUUAAUUCGAAAUUAUAGAUUUUUUUUUUAAAUUUUGUUAUUAAGAUAUUAAAAAAAUACGAACAAAGUUUGUUUAUUAUUAGAUAAAUAUUAUCGUCGUGAGACGCGAAAAAAAUUUUUGUUUAAUUGUUUUUUUUUAUUUUUGCUAUAUAGUCACAUGUCAAAAUGAGGGCAGUCAGAUAUUUAUGAAUAUACUAGAAGACUCGGCCAAGCGUUGCUGUGGCUAAGGUUUUUG